UUGGUGUACAUAUAUAUAUAGUAGUAAUUACUACUAGUUAAGAAUCAAGUAUCGAUAAAGGCUACGAUCCUCAUCUUCAAUUCUGUACGCGCGUCUCGCUGCCGGCCGUCUCUUGUACAUCUUCCAUCGUCUCCGCCGGGCACAUGACUAAUUUUGGUCCUCAUCAACUAGGGGCUACCCGCAUGCUGGAGGCAAGAGUCACUGCCGGACGGCUGCUGGACUUCUGGAAUGGAUGGGCGACCCAGAUCCUGGUACUCCUGAGCCUCACACAGCAGGUCAUCCUGCUCUUCUUCUCUGGGAUCCGGCGGCGUCAAGGCCGCAGCUCAAAGAGGGUCCUUCUCUGGCUGGCAUACCAGCUGGCCGACAGCACCGCGACGUACGCCCUCGGCAGACUCUCCCUCAGCAGCACCCUGCGCGAGCACAGGCUCGUCGCCUUCUGGGCGCCGUUCCUGCUACUCCACCUCGCCGGCCCGGACAACAUCACCGCCUACUCCCUCGAGGACAACAAGCUGUGGAAGCGCCAUUUCCUGACUCUUGCCGUGCAGGUCUUGUUUGCCGGGUACGUCGUCUACAAGCAUAUCGUCGGCAGCGGGAUCUUGUUCUCGCUGGGUGCCCCCUUGAUGACCGCCGUUGCCGUUGCCAAGUUUUCUGAGAAGACAUGGGCUCUCAGGUGUGCCAACUUCGACGUCAUCCGGGGGUCUGUGGAGGCCGCCGACGCGAAGCAACCAGGCAAAUGCCAUCUCUACCUCGAGGAUAAACCACCUCAUGGGGGGUUCAGAGGGAAGGUAGUCAACAAAGAAGAAUUCCUCAUGCUGCGCGCGCACGCGGUGUUCCGCAUCUGCAAGUCCGCCGUGGUUGAUUCCUCGGAGAACCCAAGCAGCUACGUCGUUGGCUUACUUCGAUACCUUAAGGAGAAGGAGAUGGGGUAUAUGUGGACGCUGAUGGAGAUGGAGCUGUCCCUGAUGUAUGACAUCCUGUACACCAAGGCGGCAGUGGUCCACACUCUGCGUGGCUACUGCAUCCGUGUCGUCUCGCCGCUCGCCGUGGCUGCUUCCCUCCUGCUGUUCCAGUUCAAUGGCAGGGAGGGACACAGCAGCGCUGACGUUGCCAUCACUUAUCUCUUGCUGGGCAGUGCCUUCCUCACGGAGAUGACCUCGCUGCUGAGCGCACUCUUGUCGACCUGGACAUUUUCCUUCCUGUGCGCAACGCGGUGGAGCGGUCUUCGGCAUGCGGCCUUGUGUUCGGAGAGGUGGCACCGGCUUCGUGACGUGGUCCUUUCCAUUCGCCGGCUUGCCUACAGCACACGAGUCUACGACUUGUUCAGGUUAUCGAGGAGGUGGUCAGGCACCAUGGGGCAGUACAACAUGCUGGAGAUGUGCACUGCAAAGCCUGGCAGAUUGGCACGGAUGCUGGGCUUCACCAUGCGGACCAGUUCUGUUGGUGUUCCAGAGGGGCUCAAGAACUUGGUGGUCGUUUACAUACAGCACAUGAUCCAGAGUAGGCACGUGAACACGCUGGGAGUGAUUAGGGAGAAAUGGGGCAUGGAGGUACUGCAGCGCUGGGACAAGGAUGUUACUAUCGACAACAAGUUCUUUGGCGCUGAGCUCCACGAGGGGAUCAUCAUCUGGCACAUUGCCACUGACAUUUUCCUCGCCAACAGGAACACGACCAGGGCCGAGGAUCAACGUACUGUGAAGGAAGUGAAGGAAGUGAAGGCACUGUCCAAUUACAUGAUGUUCCUCCUCGUCAAACGACCCGACAUGCUACCGGGACUUGCUCAAAACAAGCUGUACCAAUGGACCAAGAGAAGCUUGGACACUGAAUGGAGUAAGAUCACCAAGAGGCUCCCAACGUCUGAUUCAGGGCUCCAGCCGAGUGAGAAGCUUGCCAGAGCGCUACACGAGAAUCCGCCCUCCAAGCGCAAUAUCGAGAAUAAUCGCCUGUCGUUUGCGAUCGAACUUGCAGAUAUACUGAUCAAGACGAAGAGGGCGUUAAAGCUGGUCUACGAUGUCUGGGCCGAUUUUCUAAUCUACACGGCCAACCGAUGCAGCAGGGAGUCCCAUGCCAAGAAGCUCAACAGUGGUGGUGAGUUCACAACCAUCGUAUGGCUUAUGACAGAGCACCUUCACCAAGUGGCUAUAUCUACUCACGGGGAUAAUUAACACAUCGUUGUAUCACUUAUUUAAAUGUUUUACUUAUGUGCGUAAACUAUGAACAAACUAGUGAACAACAUAUUCACCUUUAAGUUGUUUAUUCC